AUGUGCGACGGGCAGGGCUGCAGGCGCGAGUCCACCGUCCGCGCCACGCUGCGCGGCGGCGGCGGCGCCAAGCUGGGCGACCGGCGGCAGCCAGCAGCCGCGUGCGCCGGCCAGCAUGGCGCAACGACGACGGCUGACAAGACCCAGCCAGCGAAACUAGCAAGCACGUUGUUGAAGGCGGAGCCGGAGAGGGAGCGGGAGGUGCCGCGGCGGACGGCCGGAGCACAGGCGGAGGCCGCCGGGAUCGACAGGAGGGAGAUGCUGCUGCACCUGCUCCUCUGGGGGCCGAACUGA